AUUAAAAUAAAAAUCGAUUAUUUUUUAACAUCCCUACUUUGUUUAUUUUUCACGUUUCAGCGUGAGCAGAUAAACUCUCGUAGUGUUUGUUACAAAAUGGGUAAAGAAGAAGCAUCAACAAAAAAGCGGCGUAAAAUAAACUCCAGUUCUUCAACUGAAGUCGGCAAACAAGGACCGGCUGAUCUGUACAAGCGUGUAGUUGAAUUCGAAGAAAUUGAAUCUCAACUACGUCCUGCUGAAAAGGAUGCUGCUUUGUUUCGAAAGAUUUGUCACGAUGUUCGUCAAAUUUUUUCUGAUAUAUCAGAACUAAAAUCGAAGGACACUGAUGAGGCAAAAGAAAAAAUUAAUUCUAAAAGAGUUGAAGCAUCCUUGCUGCUAGUUACCUUGAAGAAACUGAAUCGGCUGGAAAAAGUGCGUACUAGAGCUGGUAGAGAGGCUUUGCAUAAAGAAAAACAGCAAGUAGAUUCUACUCAUUUACUAUUGCAAAAUUUGCUAUAUGAAGCUGAUCAUCUGAACAAAGAAGUGACUAAAUGCCUCCAAUUUAAAUCAAAAGAUGAAGAGAUUGAACUUGUACCUCUUGAAGAUUUUUAUAAAGAUGCACCUGAAGAAAUUUCUCGACCAGAAGUCACAAAAACUGAUGAACAUCAGUUACAAUUGGCAAGACUUGAGUGGGAGUUACAACAGAGACGUGACUUGGCUGGAGCUUGUAGUGAGUUGGUUGCCUCAAAAGAAAGAGUAGCUGCUGCUAUAGCUGCGGCAAGAUCAAGAUUGGAUGCCCUAGCACCUCACCUGCGAGAUGUUCUUAAAGCAACAAAGCCACUUCAGGAAUGCUUAGCAAUGAGACUGGAUGAAAAACGUGAUGAAUCUAGAGCUGCUUCAUUACUGCCACCACCACUUUUUCUUUUGUUUGCAAAUUCUAGUGCAUAUUCUGAUGCUCUUGGUGAAGAAAUUGUCACACUUUCCAUAUCCGGUGAUGAAGAUGAAGCUCGUAGACUGGAACAACAGAGCAGUGUAGAAAAUGAAUUGAUUGUCUCAAAUGAUUCUGAUUCUGAUCAAGAUAAUAAUGAUGAAGAUCAAAGAGAAAAGAAAAAGCGUCACCAUAGAACAUCAAAGAUCUCUAAAGAAGAAAAAGCAGAGGCUAAGAAAAAAGAAGUGUUUAGAAAACAUCCCUUAAAUGUCCAAGUAUCAGUAAAAGUUCAAGAUGGUACUGCUCUAAAUCUAAUUUUCUCAUACUUACUACAUCUCAAAAUUAUUACAGUGAAAUUCACAGUGUCAUUGCCAAAACCUGUAACUGGAGUAUCAGCAGCUGAUGUCCUGAAUGGAAGUUGCAUAUUGAAUGAACUUUACCCAGCAGAUAGUGGUAAUGAUUCACCCCACCCAGCUACUGCUUAUUUACUCAAAGUAGCAGGGAUUACUGAAGAUUUCCAACAUUUUAUAUCUGAAGUUGGAAGGCCUUAUAUUUGGGCUCAAAGAAUGUGUGGUUUAGACUUCAUGGCCACUGUUUUUGACAAUCAGAAAAAUAACAAGACAUUCCAGCCUUGUCCAACUCUGAGUGUAACAACUGUGGAGCACUUCAUUUUAACUCUUAGAAAGAGAAUGAAGUCAAGAGUAGAUUUGAUGAAGGAAUUGCAAGACCUAGAAUGCGGUAAGAUAUUACCACUGAAAGGAAUUUAUGGGUCCAUAAGAUUAUCUGGUUCAUUAACACAGUGGCAGUCUGUAGGAUGGCCUGAAUAUAGUCAGUCACCUUCUACAACAUUUUUGAUAUCUGAGGGACUUGUAUCACAAAAUGACAUGCUUUAUAGAGCUAUAAUAACACGGCAAUCUGCCAAAUUAGUUGCUCUAGUAGCACUUAAAAGUGACUAUCCAAAGAAGAGCCCUAUAUUUUCAUUGACAUUACAUUGGAAUGGAACUCAUCAUUCAGGCAUUAAUGAUGAUAUUCGGGAUAUUGAGAGGGUGAUUAAUACAGAUUGGUGUGUGGAAAGUUCUAAACAACCUUUACUAACUAUACAAAUGACAAAGUUGUUGACAUAUAUGGAUAUUUUAUUAGAGACUUCUGGUUCUUUAGAGUUUCCACCAGACAAGGUAAUGUUUAGCCCAGUAAGAGGGCGCAAUAGAAUUAAACCAUACAAGUUUAUAAAACAAGGCACUGGCAUAUUUGUACAAUUUUAAAAAUAAAACAUUUGUCGUAUUUUAUACUUUAUUAUUUAACUG